GGAGAGUUACAGAGGAAGUAUCUUUAAUAAGGUUGGAUGAAAUGGAUUGUAAUCUUAUUGCUACAUCUGUGAAGUUGUAAGAAGAACGGAAAAGUGAAUUGAAAACAUUAUACAGUUCKAUCUCUGCAGUCAUCUACCUAUGAUACCCGUAGCAUUGGUUUGGUAUCGGUAACUACCGGUAUGAACCCUUGGACAUACAGGUACCUCCAGCGCUCCCUCCUGCCUCACAUUCGGCCCCUGUCCCUGGUGAUCUACCCCAGGCCCCCUUGUAUCCACCCCAGGCUUCUGAACUUGCCCCAGUGUCUGUCCCUGGUGGGGCGAAGACCAGCUGAAGAGGGUGAUGUCCUUCCUGCCUCCAAGUGCUGAGCUGGUGGGCAACUCCCAACAAGAAUCAGCAGCAGUGGAUUGGCCAGACGCUGUUUACCAGGAGCCUCCUACGGCGCUCACAAUUCAUCACUGUCCUUUCCCUGCUAGACCGGGAUCUCAUGAUCUAUCAAUGCCUCAGGAUGCCACUGGUGAAGAAGUUCAGUGAUGUUACAGACUGUGAGAAGUUCUUCCUGAAUGGGUCAACUCCAAAUCUCCCGGGUAUUUUGGUUGAUGGGAUAGUCCAGAACCAGGGCCAGAACGAGGGCCGCUACAAGCCGAUCUGCCAGAAGUACAAGAAAAUCUACAGGUUUGCAACUCUCUACGACACGUUCAACAGGAUCCCUGUGUUCUCAGCCUACACCUUCACUGGUAAUUCAACGGAAGGCAGACCAAAUCAACCAUGGAUGAUCGAGCCUGAGCUCAACAUGGAAAACAACAACCAUGAAAUGCAGGUGGAUCAUCCAUACCAGGCUGUGAACUACGACUAUAGUAACUCAAUAAAAGAAAAAGAUGUCAACAGAGGUCACCUCUUCCCAAAUUCACAUGCUCAUUAUCUUGAUACUCAGAAGUCCACCUUUACCCUGACCAACAUCGUUCCCCAGGUGGUGUCCUUCAACAAUGGCAGCUGGAGCAAAAUGGAGGACUAUGUCAGAACGAAGUUUAAGACGGACUGUAAUAGUACCAACGGGAAUAUAGAAGCCUAUUUGGUGACUGGAGCGGUUCCCAGUAAGAGAAACACACUGAAAUACGAAGUGAACAUCCCAGAUCUCAUGUGGACAGCCUACUGCUGUUACAGCAGGGAGAAGAAAGAGUGGAUGGCCGAAGCACACUGGGGGAGCAACAAGAAGGUAAAGGGGAAAACAUUGAAACCAGAAACCUUGGGAGCACUCGAAAAGAUGUUGAAUAACAAGUUGAAGCAGCAUUACCCAGGUGGUGGUGUCCAGGUUUUCCCAAAGCAGUGUCCAAGAGGUUCUUCUCAGAAAGAGAGAGAGAGGGAGGUAGGAAGUGGGUAUGUUUGCAGGAAAAGGUAAAUGGAAUGUGAUGAGGAUUGUAAAUGUGUCUCUUUGUAGGUGUAUUUACACUGAGUGUACAAAACAUUAAGAACACCUGCUCUUUCCAUGACAUAGACUGACCAGGUGAAUCCAGGU